AUGACGAGCUGCGGCCUCCUGAACAGUUCCAACAAGCCGGUGCCCCUGCGCAGCGGCGUGGUGACGGUGCUGAUCCGAGGCUUCGUGGCGGACGUGGGCUGUGAGCUGCUGUACAGGAACGAGGAGCCGGGGCCUGUGGAGGCCGUAUUCGUGUUCCCCGUGGACGCCGAGGCGGCCGUCUACGCCUUCCAGGCCCGCCUGGGGGGCGCCUGCAUCAAGGCCCAGCUCCACGAGAAGAAAGAGGUACCAGGGGGGAGAGACGGUACCAAGGGGGUAGGGUAUGGGUACACACUGGCUCGGGGGCAGGGCAAUCUUGGGGUGACCCCAUCUCUCCCGGCAGGUGCAAGAGCUGUACAGGGACACACUAGCCGGGGGGCAGGGCAGGGGGAUGUUGGGGGAAUGGGGAAUCUUGGGGUGACUUGGUCUCUCCCAGCACACACAGGAGCUGUAUGGGGACACCCUGGCAAGGGGAUCUCGUGGGAUAAGGAGAUCUCAGCCUCUUCUGCGCCUACCUUGUUUUCACUGGCAUUCACUACAUUAGACGUCCAAUCAGGGGAGGGACAUGGGUGGGACUCUGGGGCAGGAGGGGGGACCUGGGGGCUCUCACAGGCUCACAGGGCUCGACCCCAUGCCCCUCCACCCCCCAUUUGGGGCUGGCCCCUUCUCCCUGCAGGCUCCCUGAUGGGUGACCCGGCCGUGAUGGUGACGCUGCUGCCCAGACUGCCCGAGGCUAUACAAGGCCAGAGCUUGGCCGGGGAGUUCAUCUUCCUACUGGACCGCUCCGGCAGCAUGGGGUGCCCCAUGGACGGCCGAGACCGCUCCCCCCAGCGCAUCGACAGCGCCAAGGAGACCCUGGUCCUGCUGUUGAAGAGUUUGCUCCUGGGCUGUUAUUUCAACAUCUACAGCUUUGGGUCUCGGUUCGAGUCCUUCUACCGGCAGAGCGUGGGAUACACCCAACAGACCAUGGCCAAGUCCCUGCAGUGCGUCAGGCAGCUCCAGGCCGACCUGGGGGGCACCGAGAUCUUGGCACCGCUACGAUCCAUUUACCGCAGCCCCUGCCGAGAUGGGCACCCACGCCAGCUGUUUCUGUUCACGGACGGGGAGGUGGGGAACACCCAGGACGUCAUCGCUGAGGUGCAGCGUCACUGGCGGGCCCACAGGUGCUUCUCCUUCGGAAUCGGGGAAAGGGCCUCCACGGCUCUGGUCAAAGGCAUCGCCCGGGCAGCAGGGGGCAGCACCGAGUUCAUCACAGGCCAGGACCGCAUGCAGCCCAAGGCGCUGCAGUCUCUGAAGCGGGCCCUGCAGCCGGCCGUGACUGGGAUCUCGCUGAGCUGGGAUCUGCCCCCUGGGAUGGAGGCGGCGCUGCUGGGCCGGGGCCCUGAGGUGAUCUCUGGGCAGCGGUGCCUCAUCUACGCCCAGCUCUGCAGGCAGCCCCAGCCCCCAGACACUGCCAUGGGGGCCGUCACCCUGCAGUACCGCAUCCAGGACCAGACCUACAAGGAGAUGCUGCAGUUCCCCCUGCAGCCACAGGAUGCAGACAGGCUGCCCAUUCACCGGCUGGCAGCCAAGUCACUGCUGCUGGAGCUGGAGGGGGCCGUGGACACCAGGUCGGUGGGGGACCGGUGCUGGGUGCUGGAGACCAGCCUGAGCUUGGGGGUCGUCUGCUCCCUCACGGCCUACGUGGGGGUGGACACGGAGCGGGGGCAGCCGGUGCAGGGGCCGCUGGUGAGACGGGACAUCCUGCUGAGAGUUAACCCCGGAGGGGUCGGGGAUCCCGGCUUCGGGGCCGCACCGCACAUGGCCAUGUGCUGUUCCGCCUCUGUGCCCAUGGACGAGCUCCUAGAGACCGCCUGUGUGUCCAUGGGCUUCGCCGCGGACUGCGACUUUGAGGACUUCUCGGCUGUGUCAGAGCGGGCACCGGAGGAGUCUCCCCCGCUGAGGCUGGUGUCUUUGCAGAAUGCCAACGGCUUUUGGGACCUGGACCCCCGCCUGGUCGCUGCGCUGGGGGUGAGCGAGACCGACACCAGGGGGAGGAUGGCCAGUAAGGACGUGGCCCCCGGCGUCUGGGCCACAGUGCUGGCCGUGGUCUGGCUGCACUGCCGGCAGCGUGACGAGUGGGAGCUGCUGGAGGCCAAGGCUGUGGGCUGGGAGACCCUGAUCCUGCUGUUGAAGAUUUUGUCUCUGGGCUGUUAUUUCAACAUCUACAGCUUUGGGUCUCAGUUCAAGUCCUUCUACCUGCAGGGCGUGGGAUACACCCAACAGACCAUGGCCGAGUCCCUGCAGCGCAUCCAGCAGCUCCAGGCUGACCCGGGGGGCACCAAGAUCUUGGCGCCUCUAUGA